CCCGGAAGUGUUCGGACAUAUCAUGUGACUCGCUCUCGAUGCUGCUCUGCCUGAGGAGCCAUGUCAAAAUAAAGAAUCGUGAUUUUGGAAAGGACGAGGGUCGAGCACAGAGUCUGUCAGAGUUUCACCCCGGAGGAGGGAACGUGUGUACGCGAUGCAGAACGUGAUCAACACGGUGAAGGGCACGGCGCUCGGCGUGGCGGAGUUCCUCACCCCGGUGCUGAAGGAAUCCAAAUUCAAAGAAACUGGAGUGAUCACACCAGAGGAGUUUGUGGCAGCUGGAGAUCAUCUGGUUCACCACUGUCCCACAUGGAAAUGGGCCUCCGGGGAGGAGGUCAAGGUGAAGCCAUAUUUGCCGCAGGACAAACAGUUUCUCCUGACACGCAAUGUUCCCUGUUACAAGCGCUGUAAACAGAUGGAGUAUUCAGAUGAGCUGGAAGCCAUCAUAGAGGAGGAUGAUGGAGAUGGGGGCUGGGUGGACACUUACCACAACUCAGCAGGUCUGUUAGGUGUCACAGAUGCUGUACGGGAAAUUUCACUGGACAAUAAUAAGGAUAAGAAUAUGAAUGCCACAUCUGCAGCAUGUUGUGAUGAUGGCGAAGAUGAUGAAGAUGGAGAAGCAGCAGAUAUGGAAGAGUAUGAAGAAAGUGGCUUGUUGGAAACAGAUGAGGCGACUCUGGACACCAGUAAAAUGGUAGAAAGUAAAGCCAAAGCAGAGCCUGGGAGCGAGGAUGCCAUUCUUCAGACUAGAACAUAUGACCUGUACAUCACAUAUGACAAAUACUACCAGACCCCUCGACUCUGGCUGUUUGGAUAUGAUGAAGACAGGCAACCACUGACUGUAGAGCAGAUGUACGAGGACAUCAGCCAGGACCACGUGAAGAAGACGGUCACCAUUGAGAACCACCCCCACCUUCCUCCACCGGCCAUGUGCUCUGUCCACCCCUGCAGACAUGCUGAAGUGAUGAAAAAGAUCAUUGAGACUGUGGCCGAGGGAGGAGGAGAGCUGGGAGUGCACAUGUAUCCUUUCCUGGAGACAGACAGACAGACCCUCUCUCCCGUUACUUUCUGUUUACCUCUUUAUGAUGACUGUCUAGUGAAGUACUGCGUGCUCCUCCAUGUUGUCCUUAACUGGGACUUUCAGGUAUCUUCUGAUUUUCCUGAAGUUUGUCCAGGCUGUCAUUCCCACAAUAGAAUACGACUACACAAGGCACUUCACCAUGUAGCUCCAUAACUCUGCCUCUGCUAAUGCAACAUCUGUACGUGGGAAAGAUCAGCUGUUCUGCCUGUGUGCUGAGAUCAUAUCUUUUCUGAUCUGGUCUGAUUACAACUGGUUUGUGGAGUGUUUCUGUGUGUAUGACUUGGGGAAUGUUGACAAAGCUGUCUGGUAAGGGAACAGUCUAACAUUUUGGGGAAAAAGGCUGACCCAGAGUCAGAGAAGAAGAUGAAUAUCAGUCCAUUCCAGAGAUGGAUGUAUUGUGUCUAACUGCUCCCAGCUCAGCUAUGGCAUGAAAACCACACACACAACUGUCAUCACACUCAACUGUCUGGUUUUUCUUGCUGUUCAAAGCUGGCUAGUAGGUUCUCCUGCUUCCAUUGCUAAGCUUGUACCAGACACAGUAAUGAAAGCGAUAUCCAUCUUUUUAUCUGACAGCGCGCUAGGCUUCAUCGCAAAAAGUCCGACUGUUCCUCUGAUGUUUCUCUACAGGUUUAAUGUUGUGACCACAAUGUGGUGAGCUCUCACAAAGUUCUUGUUCAGAAGAUGUUCAUGCUGUCACUUAAACUCACCCCAUUCCACACUGCUUCACUGCUUCCAAUAUAAAUUCUACAAAUCUUUCAGAAAAUGAAUUAACCCUGUUCGUGCAAGGCUGUCGGCUAACAUGUUAGUGAACAGAGCAUUCAUUGUUUUGAUGAAUGCAAGUCCAAUAUUUAGCUGCUUUCAGCUUUAGCUUUUGACAAAGAUAUCUGGCUCUCUAGCUGCUAGAAGCUCCGCCAUGUUCACCAGCCAGUCAGAGCUAUGUCUGCCCACUGCUCAUGCACCCAUUUCUUCUACUUCAAAUAAUAUUUAAAAGAACAUGUUUCAUACAUGCAGAUGUGGUGGGAAGUGUGUGUUUUCUCGCUAACAUCGCUUUCUGAAGCCUAACCAUGACAGCAGCUAUGAUAGAAGCUUCUUUUGUUGAUCGGUCCAUGCCUCGCUGCAGUGAUUCUUCUAGCUUCCAUUCUAAUGCACUUUCCAGGAGUCAUGGCUGAAUCAUUGUAAAUCAGAUCUUUAUGCCAGUUUUUCUUAAUACUUCAUUCUCUGAAUGUGUUUAUGGCCAGGCCUUUUCACACACCAAAGCUUCUUGUGGUUGGCUUAAAUGUUUUUUUGUUUUUUUUUGCAUUUUGUUUCAACUUUGGCUGAUUUUCUCUCCCCCACAGCUUGUGUCAGAACCUUGAGAUUAGUUUUUCAGUCUGUCUUGCUUCUCCAGCGUGAUGUUGUGUCUAAGAGCUUUGUGAAGGCUGGCUGUGACCUCUGUUGUGCAGCAUUUUGGCUAAACAAAUGGAGAGUUUUAUCAUCAGAAGCCUCUCGGUGUACUUACUGAAUAUCUGCUAUUUUGUUUUUAAGAAUCAGAAUUGCAAACUAUAUUGGGCUCAUUACAGGAACAUGUUUCUGACAGUACUUACACAACAAAUAAAGUAUCUGCUUCAGUAAUCCUCACUCCACUUUCCUCGUUGUCCGUCGGUUGGAUAAAAUAUUCUCUCUGUAUUGCCUGUUGGUCCAGUCUCCUGAUGUAACUCGCUCAGUGGUAACACAUGAGCAUUUUAAAGUAAUGUACAUUUAUCAAUAAAGAGUUUCCCAAAUAUUG